GUCAGUUGUAGGCAAAAUCAAAAUAUUUGGGAACAAGAGAAUUGCAGGAAAAGUGAGGGGGGAGUUUGAUUUUUGGGUCCAGCGAAAGAGGUGUAUCUUGAAUCCUGCCUUGCUGGUACUCCGUUUUGCGUUCAGGAAAGGUGGCUUCGCUGUGAUCGCUGGAUUCAAACUACGAUUGGUAAAUCGAUUUGUGGGCUGUAUUUCGCUGGAAAUGAUCCGGUUCAUACUCUUGCAGAACAGACAGGGGAAGACCCGUCUGGCUAAAUACUAUGUUCCUCUCGAGGAGUCGGAGAAGCACAAAGUUGAAUACGAGGUUCAUCGACUGGUGGUAAACAGAGACCCCAAAUUUACGAAUUUCGUUGAGUUUCGUACACACAAAAUAAUCUACAGGCGAUAUGCUGGACUCUUUUUCUCACUCUGUGUGGACAUCACUGAUAAUGAGCUGGCAUACUUAGAGUGCAUUCAUUUAUUUGUGGAAAUACUGGAUCAUUUUUUCAGCAAUGUUUGUGAACUGGAUUUGGUUUUUAACUUCCACAAGGUCUAUCUUAUACUUGACGAAUUCAUUCUAGCGGGUGAACUGCAAGAAACAAGCAAGAGGGCAAUCAUUGAGAGAAUGGGGGAGCUGGAAAAACUUGAGUAAAACAUAACUGUUAAGAGAGAAUGGGGGAGCCGAAGAUUCUUUUCGGGUGCUUCUUCCAGCUCUUGUAAUUGUGAUUUUAGAAUUUUGGAAUAUAUUUCUGGGCUUAUCAUUAGUUGUGUGAUGAUAAAUGAAUUUCACAAGGCUCAACCUGUGAUGUAUCAUUUAAGCCUUUUUUUUGUUUGACAGGCUUAUGUCUCUAUUUCUGAUAGGGUUCAUGGAUUGUCGUUUAUGUAUUUGUGUCUUUGUUCUCGGCGGUACUUACCGUCCUUCCGUUUCCCAAGGUCAGUCUUAGGAAGAAAGAGAAUUAGUCGAAUGGCGUGAUUUGGGUAUCGUUUUUGACCACUGUGGCAUAUAGGGAUUAGGGGGCUUGGUGCCGUGGGCAUUUCACGUUCCUUUUUUUUUUUUUACCAUCACAUUUGACGUUCUAAUUGAAAUUUUGGUCAUUUGACUUUGCCCAA